AUGCUAAAUUUGAAAUAAUAUACACAUAGAAAUUAAAUUGGUGAUGAAGGUGCAUCAGGCUUAGGUUCUGGUUUAGCAAAUUGCAUUAAUCUCUCAAAUUUGAAACUUUACCUUCCUUACCAUUAUAUUGGUGAUGAAGGUGCAUCAGGCUUAGGUUCUGGUUUAGCAAAUUGCAUUAAUCUCUCAAAUUUGACACUUGAGCUUUGGGGAAAUUAAAUUGGUGAUGAAGGUGCAUCAGGCUUAGGUUCUGGUUUAGCAAAUUGCAUUAAUCUCUCAAAUUUGACACUUGGUCUUGUUGAAAAUAAAAUUGGUACAAAGGGUGCAUCAGACUUAGGUUCUGGUUUAGCAAAUUGCAUUAAUCUCUCAAAUUUGACACUUUACCUUGCGUGUAAUUUAAUUGGUGAUGAAGGUGCAUCAGGCUUAGGUUCUGGUUUAGCAAAUUGCAUUAAUCUCUCAAAUUUGACACUUAGCAUUUAUGAAAAUAAAAUUGGUACAAAGGGUGCAUCAGGCUUAGGUUAUGGUUUAGCAAAUAGCAUUAAUCUAUCAAAUUUGACACUUGAUCUUCGUUAAAAACAGUUUAUUUAAUUUGGAUUUGAAAAUAAAAUUCGUACAAAGGGUGGAUCAGACUUAGGUUCUGGUUUAGCAAAUAUUAUUAAUCUCUCAAAUUUGACACUUAGCAUUUAUUACAAUUAAAUUCGUGAUGAAGGAGCAUCAGGUUUAGGUUCUGGUUUAGCAAAUUGCAUUAAUCUCUCAAAUUUGACACUUCACCUUUUUAGAAAUUAAAUUGGUGAUGAAGGUGCAUCAGGCUUAGGUUCAGGUUUAGCAAAUUGCAUUAAUCUCUCAAAUUUGACACUUCACCUUUUUGAAAAUAAAAUUGGUACAAAGGGUGCAUCAGGCUUAGGUUCUGGUUUAGCAAAUAUCAUUAAUCUCUCAAAUUUGACACUUAUUCUUGG